AUGGCCGCCGAGAAAUAUCAGAUUACGAAGGAGCUAACUGAGAAGAAGGUCCGGAUCAACGUAUGUAAAUGGUUUGAAGAAGAAGUUGCGAUGCCUGAUUCGGGGACAACGAUCAGAUUAGUGUAGAUGAACACAUUAAGAAAUUAAUUUCUCGAUUCUCAGCCGAACAUGUCUAGUAAGGAAGCGCAGAUCCCUGUGAAGUAGGAAAUCAAUGACAACAUCCCAAUCCAAAUCCAUUAAUAUACUAGCGUACAGGAUUCAACAUCCCUCAACCACGUGAACCAAUCGUCAACUGCCAUUGAAGACCCCCUUUGAAACCCCAACCUGGUCCAAACCCAGCUGACUACGAUAUUGAAAAUUCUAAAAAUCCAGAAUCAAAGCAGGUUACGUUUGCCAGAGCCUGGCGUCUUUUCUGGCGAUCACCUGAAGUACCCAGUAUGGGCAAAAGCAUUUGAAACGCUAAUAGAAAGUCCUGCGAUUAGCUCUGCGGAAAAACCCCAUUAUUUGGAAAAAUAUGUUUCUGGUGAAGCAAAGGCGAUUGUCGAAGGAUUCAUGUUACUGGUUGGCAAUGACACUUGUGAAAGGGCGAAGAAACAGUUGUCAAAACGAUUUGGGAGUUACCUGUUCUACGACUUCAUUACUGAGUUGGACACAAAUCCUUUCUGCCUUCUUUAA